CAAUUUUUGGCAAAAAUGGCGCGAAUUAUAGCAUCCUUUGCAAAAACCACCAUUCCAAAAUUGGCUGGCGAAGUGAGCGGAUUUGUGGAUCUUCAUAUACGUAGCUGUACACAAAAAGUUGGUAGUGUAAUGUCGACUGUCGAAGUAUUGAAGAAAAAAUUAGAAGACGUCGAAAGUCCCUUGCCUAAAAAGAUGAAGGUUGAAUCAAAAUGUGUACUGCGUUUUGCAAAGAUGACCGAGCAUGCUGAAGCACCGGUACGUGGUUCGCCACGAGCGGCCGGUUUUGAUUUAAAAAGCGCUUACGAUGUGAAUAUACCAGCGCGUGGAAAAGCUGUGGUGAAGACUGAUUUGCAAGUACAAGUACCAGAGGGAUCUUACGGACGUGUUGCGCCACGCUCUGGACUAGCUGUUAAGAACUUUAUAGAUGUUGGUGCUGGAGUUGUAGAUGAAGACUACCGUGGUAACUUGGGCGUUGUAUUAUUUAAUCAUUCAGAUGAAGAUUUCGAAGUGAAACGAGGAGAUCGAAUUGCACAAUUUAUCUGUGAGCGCAUUUUCUAUCCAGAGUUGGAAGAGGUAGACAAACUUGAUGAUACAGAACGUGGAACCGGUGGUUUUGGUUCGACUGGUAUAAAAGAGAUCGCUGCCAAAAAUGGUAAUGGACGUGCGGCUAUGGAAACUGAAGAAGUUAAAGAUAAAGUGGAAGAAACUAAAGUUGAUGGCAAGACGGAUGAAAGUAACGAAGUUGCCAAGGAUGAAAAACCAAAAAACGGUGAUACAGUUCCUGAAGAUACAAAUGGUACUACUGCUACCGCUACGGCUUAAACCCGAAGGUUAUGCUCUGCCGUGAUGCAAGAUAUUUUGCUUAAAGUUAUUACUAGUUUCUAAGCUCAUCAUUUCAUUCCCCUAAAAUUGCACCAUUGUAUUAACGCAUUGUAAUUUGUAAAAUUCGCAGCCAAUAAUGCCAUCACAUUAAAGUUUUUAACUUAUAUUUAAAA